AUGAGCAGAGAAAGCAGCAGCAGCAGCAGGAGGUGUUGCAGAGGGGGAAAUGGUGAUAUCAAUAAUAAUAAUGAUAAUGGGUUUGAAGGUGGCGGUGGGUGUAAGUCUUUUGGUGAGAAGUGUACCAAUUUGGUGAAGAAACAGAGGACUAAAUUUUAUAUUCUUAGAAGGUGCAUUGCUAUGCUUGUGUGUUGGAGAGACAGAGGGGAGUCUUGA